CGAAAAUAUUUCACGUGGGUUUUUAUUUGAGGCGUAUAUACAUGUUUUACCAUUUAAUUAUAAUUGUUUCUAUACUAGUUCACUCAUGUGAGAGUCCAAUCGUAUUUACAUAGAGCUUAAAGGCAGUUUUAGCUUUAAGGGCCGUCGGGCGAACCCUACAGGACUAAAGCACAAUAGUGAUUUUGGUUCCGAUUGAACGGACACGUGUGUUACACGUCCGCAGGAAAUGAGAGUAUAUUCGCCAGCAUGAUCAGACAGGAUUCUGGGAAUGAAGUACCUUCAAUGAGAAAAAAGUCAAACAACAAACACGCUCAGGCCUGCUUCUUUCAUCUCUUCUUCCGCACAAGCGCCAUCCUCAUCUACCUCUUUUGUGACCUUUUCAGCCGAAGUUUCAUCGCCAACAUGGUCACCAUCAUUUUGCUUCUCUCAUGUGAUUUCUGGACAGUAAAGAAUGUGACGGGGAGGUUGCUGGUGGGUUUGAGGUGGUGGAAUCAGGUGGAUGGAGAUGGACACAGUCACUGGAUGUUUAAAUCCAGAACGGAAACCAAUAAGAACAUCUCAAACUCUGAGUCAAACAUUUUCUGGCUUGGUCUGAUUGUGUGUCCACUGUUUUGGGUUUACUUUGUGUUUAGCAGUCUUUUUGCCUUUAACAUAAAGUGGUUGGUGCUUGUGUUCAUGGGAGCAGUCCUGCAGUGGGCUAACUUGUAUGGGUAUGUGCGAUGCAAAGCAGGUGGUGGAAAAAAACUGAACGACAUUGCAACUAACUACUUGGGCCUUAAGCUCUUCAAAAAGAAUACUUCAAAGUUUUGAGAGUGCCCGGAGGUUCUCCAACCGCUUUCUCCAAUGUAUUAUACUUUUUGAGCCUUCUCGAGAAGACAUUAGUUUUCAUGAGGUCUUUCUGAAAACCUCACCAGACAGAACGAAAACAUCUAAAAGUUAUAGAACAGCAUCCCAUACUCUUCUUGGAAAUGAAAUGUUGACAUGGUGGAUUGGCCCCAGGGAUGCAUCAAACCCCUUAUUGACCCUGCAUCAUAUGAGCACAUCAAACAAAGACAAGAUGAUUAUGUCUUUCAAAACAAUGUUGUCUCUCUUCUGCCAAAGGGACAGGUUGGAAACAAGCAAAUAACGUGGAGGAUGUCCAUGGUACAGUCUUAAUGGCAGAAGAAUAUGUUUUGUGCGUUAUACGGAAAUGUACCACACUGUUAAAAACUAGAGAGAGUAAGUGACUAUUAGAGAGUUCCUCAAGUUAAAGGCACCACUUAUGCUCACUAUCAAAAAAAAUCAAGUGUUCUUGGCUGUCAAUAGAAUCUCAGCCCAGCUACUGAACAACGCUUACAAUCAUGGUAUCAACGCAGUUGUCUAAUCAGAUCUCAAUUGCACUUUAAUCAUCACUGCAUGCCACCAGAGGACUUACUUUUAUCUCUUAUAGUCAAUAUCUGACAGCCAUAUCCUUUUAUUUCAACAAGACUUUAUCUAUUAUAGUGAGAUCUUUAAGAGAUACAUUCCCCAGAUAUGGAAAUUCUGUCAUCAUUGAUUCACUUUAAUUGACAUUUUGUAUGACUUUAUUUCUUCUGCAGAACACACAAGAAGGAAACAAACAACACUGUCCCCAUUGACAUCUAUUGUAUGAACACAGAAACACAAUUUAAAAAAAAGAUCUUCUUUUGUUUUGCACACAAGAAAGAGUAACAGACUGGUUUACAACCACAUGAGGGUGAAUAUAUUUUCACAUUCUAUCCCAAUGGUAGCACAUACACGGCCAUAGACCAACAUCGCCUCUCACUCAAAACAAAUAAAAACUCUGUCAACAAAUGUAGCUCUGUCUAAUUUCUGAGCAUUUGCGUCCACAGGUGGUCCAGUCGUGUAAGCGACUAUAUAUUUCCAAGAGGCCAGGCCUGCGUAGAAAAGUGGUAGCUUUCCUGUAGAUCAGUGUUAAGAGCAUUACUGUAACAACGCAAGGUAGUGGGUUCGAUCCCAGGGCAUUGCACAUACCUAUGUAUAAAUGUAUAGGAUAAUCCAAUGUAAGUUGCUUUGGAUAAAAGUGUCUGCCAAAUGUGUAAAUCGAAAGAAAAAAAACUGUCCUAAAUUUUAUUUUCACGAUCAUUUCUCAAGUUCAAAUGUGUGACUCAAAAAACAUGUGUACGCCUCUCUAUCGGAUCUGAAAUCUAUAAAUUGCUAAUUAUUGUGAAUUGAAAUCAGGUGCAACGUUUUUAUAGCAAACCCUUAUUUCACAAUACUCUAUUAAUGUUACAGUAGCAUUAGGUGGGGCUGUUUUAUUUUAUAUAUUUUAUGAUGGUGACUAUCAAUUUUUCAUUUUCAAAUUUUUACACAAAAACAAAAGAACAAAUACCCAAAAAGGAAACUACUAUGAAACCACCUUUAGAUGUUCCAAAAUCAUUGAAAGGUGGUUAACGGGUUCAAUUGAGGGGUUUCUCUCAAUUUAAUUACGUUUUAAUGACAAUUGGAUGAUUUUAAUAAACACGCUAAUGUAAAAUAGCCUUGACAAUCAUAUUACAUAUAUGCCGCACUACAGGUUAUUCACACACCAGAUCGAAGUAAUGAAGACAAUUUACUUACGAAAUCCUCUCUCUGUGUCUCGGCAGGUGUGAAAAAUUCACGUAGACUGUAUAAACGCCUUCUUAUAGGUGAGCCUCAGACUUCCUGAGCCACCUUUGACCCCGGGAUCAGUAAUGUUUCUUAGAAGAUGAACAUUAAAGCCUUUCAACAAUCUCUGUAAAGCUCUUUGGCAAGCAGUGACCUUCCCAGAAAUUAUCUCAUAGGGUAGCUCACUUUACUCCUUUACAACAGGUGUUGUUUAUAUGACCUUGGAUAGACUCAAAGACUAUUUCUCUUGACUUUAUUACAGUCUAUUCUCAUUUUUGUCAAAAAAUCAUUAAUAACCCCAGAGUGCAUCAGGCUUUUACCAGCGUAGCUCUUUAUUGUGUUGUGCUCCUCUGUAGGGCACUGUAGGGGCUGUACGAUAAAGUUCAACAAUCUUGCAUUCAUUGUUGAUCAAAGGCUUAAUAAUUGUUGAAUCUCUAUAUGCUUUUUUAUGCAUAGUUAGGCCAUUGAAGAAUUGCAUAACAGGGUAAUGCAUCAUUCUUUACGCCAAAGAUGUGCACCCUUGCACAUAAUAACAACUUUGUUGAUCCUUCGCAGGAAAUUGAAAUUGUUAGAUCAUUAGCAGCCACAUUCACCCCUAACACACAAACAUCUAUCCAGCACAUAAGAUAUAAAAACACAUACAAAAAAAGAGCAGUAGGACAAUUAAUGUGCAUUAGUUUUGUAACCUACUUGAUUUCAGUCACAUACAA